AUGGCAAAUCAUCUGCUUCGUGGCCUCCGUAAACGUUCUGUGUUUUCACUCCUCAAGUCAUCUUCUUCCAAUUGUCUCUGUUUAAGGUCCAUCCUCCACAACACACAACCAAUUUUCACUCUUUCCAGACCUAUAUUUCCAUUAAAGCCGUCAAAUUCAUGGUGGUGUUCAGAAACUUCAGUCAUGGUUCUGUUAACUUUGUGA